CCUUUUGAUGAACAAGCAUAUAAUGAACUUCUUAACUUAGAAAUAUUUGAAUUUAACCAAGAAAACUAUAAUAAUGCGAAAUCAAUAUUUGAACAAGAAGCUGCAAGUGAUAAUGAUAAUGGUUUUGAAACAGAUUUUGAAGACCAAGUUUUUCUUCCACUUCCAUUAACAUCUAUUGUUCCUUUACCUCUAUCAACAUCUAUUACUCCUUUACCUUCAUCAACAUCUAUUACUCCUUCAUUUCCAUUAACAUCCGUUACUUCUUCAUCUCCAUCAACAUCUGUUACUCCAUCAGUACCUGUUGAAGAAGCUGUAUAUAACCUUGACCCUGCUAAAAAAGUUAUAGCUACUGUUGCAUCAACAUCACAAUCAAAUACAGAAAAUUCUCAUCAAGCUAUUUCAGACAAACGGACACCAACUGAUUCAACGAAUAUAGUAGAUCAAGAUGGACCACCAAAGAAGAAACAAAGGCAAACUCGUCGUGAAACUAAACUUGAAGAAAAAGAGUUUUUAGAACUAUUGGUGACUUGUUUUGAAUAUUCAACUAGUGAUCAAAUAAAUCAGAUUGGAGAAGCAUUGGGAAAUGAAUGGGAUAAGAAUCAGAUUAAUCAAUAUAUAUCUCGUCAUAAGCAUAAUAAAAACAAUAACUAUGAAUAA